UCCAUAAAAUCACACAGGAUCGAAGAUAUGCGAAUGCUGAGGCUUUUUGGACAUUCUGCCCGGACACUUUGAAGCCCAGCGGGAGUCCGUUGAACAGACUGUCGGUUGGAACUGCGCGGAGGGCCUAAUGUCUCCAGCGGUUCCACUUCAACAGCACCUGUGAUGGAUAUCAGCGAGCGGUGAGCCCUCCAAUGGGCUGACCAAAAACGCCACAAUAACCCGCAGAGAUCCAGGAAUUAGCCGCGUCCCACUCGCCGCCAACCGCCGGAACACCUGGAAAUAAGUAUGGGUCCACGCGCCGGCAGCUGUGGAUUUUAGGCCGAGCGGAGGACGGACAGGUCGGGUACAAUGCUCUGAGAGAGCCGGCAGUGACAGAGCGCUGUGACACUGACAACACAACAUGAAGGAGAAGUCUAAAAACGCUGCCCGGACCCGGCGGGAGAAGGAAAACAGUGAGUUUUAUGAACUGGCCAAACUGUUGCCGCUGCCCUCCGCCAUCACCUCCCAGCUGGAUAAAGCCUCCAUCAUCCGGCUCACCACCAGCUACCUGAAAAUGAGGAUAGUGUUCCCGGAAGGCCUCGGGGAGUCCUGGGGUCACGUGAGCCGCAGCAGUUCUCUGGAUGGAGUCUGCCAGGAACUAGGCUCCCAUCUCUUACAGACAUUAGAUGGAUUCAUUUUUGUGGUCGCUCCAGACGGGAAAAUAAUGUACAUAUCAGAAACAGCAUCAGUCCACUUGGGCCUGUCGCAGGUAGAGUUGACAGGAAACAGCAUCUACGAGUACAUCCAUCCAGCAGACCACGAUGAAAUGACAGCCGUCCUCACAGCACACCAGCCUUACCAUUCACACUUCGUUCAUGAAUACGAGAUGGAACGCUCCUUCUUUCUGAGGAUGAAAUGUGUCCUGGCUAAAAGAAACGCCGGUCUUACCUGUGGAGGCUACAAGGUGAUCCACUGUAGUGGCUACUUGAAGAUCCGCCAGUACAGCCUGGACAUGUCUCCGUUCGAUGGCUGCUAUCAGAACGUGGGGCUGGUGGCGGUCGGCCACUCGUUGCCGCCCAGCGCCGUCACCGAGAUCAAACUGCACAGCAACAUGUUCAUGUUCAGAGCCAGCCUCGACAUGAAGCUCAUCUUCCUCGACUCACGGGUUGCAGAGCUGACAGGCUACGAGCCUCAGGAUCUGAUAGAGAAGACUCUCUAUCAUCAUGUCCACAGCUGUGACUCCUUUCACCUGCGCUGUGCUCAUCACUUGUGUGAGUUAGUGCUUGUCAAAGGUCAGGUCACAACGAAGUACUACCGUUUUUUGGCCAAGCAUGGCGGCUGGGUCUGGGUCCAGAGUUACGCAACCAUUGUACACAACAGCCGAUCAUCCCGGCCUCACUGCAUCGUCAGCGUUAACUACGUUCUCACGGAGACAGAGUAUAAAGGCCUCCAGCUCUCUCUGGACCAGGCCACGUCCAAGGCCUCUUUCCCCUACGGCAGCAGCACCGCCAGCCUCACGGAAAACUGCAGAACUCCCAAGAGCAAAGCAUCCCGGCCCAAGACCAAAGCAAGACUCUCGCCAUACACACAGUACCCUAGUUUCCAGACAGAGCGGUCAGAGUCUGACCAGGACAGUCCAUGGGGCAGCAGCCCCCUCACCGACUCCGCCUCCCCUCAGCUGCUGGAGCACAGCGAAGGCCUUGACGCCUCCUGUGUGUACAGGCAGUUCACUGAUCCUCGCACGCUCUGCCACAGUCUGUCUGAAGAGCAGCAUCACACAGCCAGUGACGGCUACACACACCUCCACACGCACGCUCAAGGUCAAAGUUGUGAGCGUGGCCGAUGUGAGGCGGGGCGAUAUUUUCUAGGAGCGCCUCCGUCUGGCAGGGACGCGUGGUGGGGCACGGCUCGCUCCAUCCUACCGCUGAGCAAGAGCUCUUUGGAGAACCACGAGGGAUAUGACAGCAGCAUGCCGCACAUCACCGCCAUCCACAGCUACCACGGCCGGGGACACUGGGACGAGGACAGCGUGGUCAGCUCUCCAGAUGGAGGCUCGGCCAGCGACUCAGGGGAUCGGUACCAAGCUGAGCACUACCGCUGCAGCCCGCAGGAACCCAGCAAGAUCGAAACGCUGAUCCGAGCCACGCAGCAGAUGAUCAAGGAAGAAGAAAGUCGACUUCAGCUACGCAAGGGCCCUCCGGAUGCUCCAGUGGGGCCGGCCAAUGGACUGCCCAAGGGCCCUGGUCCAUGCUUCACUCCGGAGUAUACUCAAGGUCCCCUGCCGCUACAGACCGUGGUGUGUCGAGGUUUGAGUCAGGGGAUCAGCCCUGCGUCCAGCCCCGCCCCACUGUCUAGGCUCAGCAGUCCAGGGUCUGAGCGCCUCCACAAGCCCAAAGACUACCUCCAGACAGAUCUGUCCCCGCUGUCUUUGCCAUUACACCACCCAUUUGGUCGGCCGGGUCCGUGCUCGGCCUCCCCCACCCCCGCCCCAGCCCUCUACCCCUCCCACACACACCCGCGGCCCUACUUGGACAAGCAUACAGCCUACUCCCUGACAGGCUACACUCUGGAGCACCUCUAUGACACAGAGAGCCUCCGGGGCUACUGCACCUCUGCCAGCACGGGCCCCACCCAUUACGAUAUGACCCCUCACCUCCGCAUCCCGGCAGAGCAGACCCCCGGACACAAAGGCACCUCUGUCAUUAUAACCAAUGGCAGCUAACACUCACCUAACACACACAGCGGGACUGCAGUCACAGCCUGACUGUUAGCUCGGGUACAGCAUUAAGCCAUGGUCAUUCUGGAUCCUGUUAGCUUGUUUCUCCAUCAUACUGAUCCAAAUCUCAUCUGUUGCUUCAUUACAGAACUUCAGUUUCUAAAGGCUACAGAGAACAUGUCAGUGUGUGGCUCUCUGAAUGGGUGCUAGGUGAAUAUAAGAGGGAACAACAUUAUAGUGCCUGUGAUUCUGGUAAAUAAUGCAAUUCUAUUGCAGCUUUUCAUCUAAGAUUGACUUUAUUUGACUUGAUGAAUUUAUCUGCUUCCUCUGGCCUAAAAUCAGGUACAACAUUUUAGACCUAUAAUAAGAUAACCGCAAGGACCUCUACUAUGUAGCCUUUAUUUCUGCUGCCCUUUGAAUUCUUCAUGGUUUGGUCCUCAUGGUGUCCAUUAUCAUUAAAAAGCCCUCACUGUGUUACACUGUGGAGGAGAAUGGGGGGAGAGUAUCUUCUCAACUAAGGCUGAUAUCUCAAAACGUCAGUGAGACGGUAAAGAACAAAGAUGGUGGUCAGCGGUAACAACGCGCAUACAUUGCUGCGAAUAAAAGACAAACAAGAAGCAUGUCCUGCAAUGUCAUCAAAGAUCUGUUUCCUUUACAUUUUUGCGUCUUCUCGUCUUUGAGUCACACUAGAAAGUGUGCCAGCUCUGAUGUUUUUAGUGUGCAAACUCAAACUGUGCUCCAAAUGAAACAAAAUAUGUUGGUUACAGCUCACUCUGGUUGAGGUUCAGUUCAGGGAAACAUCGGGGUUUGGCUUAAAAUUACGAUUUCAUUAAGGUCGGGGGUCCCAAGUCGUCAUGGUAAUAGCAAACACUAUCAUUAAACAUGUCAUUAUAGAUGUGAUGAAUAGAUGAAUGUUAAUAGAUUUUAUUUUGAAUGGAGCAAAGUAACAUAGUGCAAGUUCAAAACGUACAGUAUUUUGGUCAGAAUGGAUCGGUGUGAUGGAGAAAAUGGGAAUAAAAUAGCUGAAGUUGUGCUUUAACAUCCGUGCCCGUGUGUAACCUUUUGCACUAUAACAGAUGGAGUAUUUGUGAAGAGAUCUCCUUGUUUUUCAAUGCAUCUGGAUGAGGAAGUGACAGGGUUGGGUGUGGUGCACUUUGCAGUGAUGCAGAAUAAUUAAACUUCACAGACUAAUAUGCAAAGCCAUUCUCUUGAUGUUUCUGUUCUCUCACUUUUGGUAUCUUGCAGCAAAGUAAAGACAGACCCUUAUGCGUACAUGAUAAAUAUUGAAGAGAACCAUGGCUACUGAGCAGUUUUAAUAGUUGACACAGGACGUCUGCUGCUUCAGUACAUGGUAAAUAAUCCUGGUGGAGGGAAAAUUUUUGAUUUGAGAAUGACCUGUUAGCAGAAACUGAAGUAUCAUCCAAGUACAUGACAGAAAAUAUGGGAAAUAUUGUAUGUUUUCCAUCCUGAUAUCUGUGUCUGUAUCAUUUCUGAGGUGACUGUAGGAAGACUGACACUUGAGAUCAUAUGCAAUUUGACCCGUUGGAAUGCCAGGUAAGGCAGCUUAAUUGCAUUCAUUACGGCGGAUCCCUGUUAAUUAUUGUUAUGUGGGCAUGUUUGUACAGCAGGAUUCAAGGUUUCUCUUCUUUAUGUCCUCUUCAGUCCUUAGAUGAACCUAUAUUUAUACAAGUUUGGAUUUUUUUUUUCUUUCGUCAAAGCCUGAAAUGUGCUCCAAUCUCUUAAAAGUUAUUUAUGGUGUACUGUAAAUAUGCUCAGUAAAGAAAAUCCCACCACAUUUAAGCACAUGGGCAAAAACUGUAUUUAUUGAGUAAAUGUUUCUUUAUGAUUUUGAAAUAUAGCUGCAAUCAAAUCCAGUCUAACUGCUUGUACAUUGAGUGUGUUUUUGACUGAAGCAAAUUGUAAAAGAGGACAAAAUAAAAUCAUUUUGCAGAGA